UGGCAAUAUUCUUCAAACUGAAAUGCAAAGAACCUUAAAGAAUCCAUCUCUGAAGUAUCUAAGAGUUGUCCUUCUCAGCCACAUUGACGUUACCCUGCAGAUUGUUUCCCGGUGCCUAUCUUAUGCCAGUAUUGCCUUACUUUGCCAUUGGUGCUGCAAGUAAAAGAUGGUGGACAUACCAGUGACUAAUCAGACUGCUGUCUCUGAGUUUAUCCUGUUGGGUUUUCCAGGUCUCCAGCAGAAUUUCCAUACGCCGGUCUCCAUUAUGAUGUUUAUUGUCUACUGUGUUUCCCUGAUUGCAAACAGCACAGUCAUCAUUCUGAUCAUUCUGAAAGAAAACCUACACCACCCUAUGUAUAUUGUGAUUGGAAACCUUUCUCUUUCUGACCUCCUCUUUGACACAAUAACUCUACCCAAAAUCAUUGCCAAAUAUUGGUUUGGAGUAGGAACUAUCUCCUUUUAUGGAUGUUUCUUUCAACUCUUCUGCGUCCAUUAUCUUGGAAGUCUUGACUCCUUCAUCAUUAUGCUGAUGGCUAUUGAUCGUUAUGUUGCUAUCUGCAAGCCUCUCAGGUAUCACUCCAUUAUCAGCAAUAAGCUGGUGACUCUGAUCUGUUACUGUUUCUUGGCUCUUGAUGCAAUUCAGGAAAUCAUUCUGGUUGUUUAUAAUGCAAAACUUCCAUACUGUGGACCUAAUAAAAUCAAGAACUGUUUCUGUUCCAUUACAUUUCUGACAGUUUUGGCCUGUGCUGACCAUACAUUUGAAAUAACGUUAAGCUAUAGUUUUGCUAUGUUUGUAUUACUCUUACCAAUGUCUAUUAUUAUACUGUCAUACUUCCUUAUUAUCAGGGUCAUACAUUCAUCAGCCGGCAGUGAGAACUGGCAGAAGGCAUUUUCUACCUGUACAACUCACUUGUUUGUCAUUGGCUUGUACUAUAUCCCCAGGGUGUUUGUAUACACUACGAGCAAGAUCUCUUUCAUUCUUGAUGCUGAUGUAAAUGUCUUACUUCUUUGUCUCUACACGUAUAUUCCCCAUUUAGCCAACCCCAUUAUAUACUGUCUUAGAACUGCAGAGAUUAGAACCAUAGUUGGACAGAUGUUCCACAAGACAUUUAGAGUGAAGGCACACAAUAAUAAAUAAGGACAUAUUCUCUACUUUUUAAGAGAAAUCCUA